AUGGCUUUGAUGGGUGAUUUAGGGUUUCCCAUGGGCCUAAUGCCUAUGGGUGGGAUAGAAGAGAUAGAGAGAAGAAUCGAGAUUGUUCUGUUGGCUGUUACCAGUGGUCGGAACUCAGGCAAUGAGAUACAUCCUUCCGAAUCAGGGAAUCUAAAAUUGCAGUUCUGGGGCAAUAUCUCUCCACGGGUGUUCACUGGAAUUCCUGUUGCAGGAGAAGAGAACAGCUUACAGGUAGCUUUACUUGAUGUUGUUACAGGGGAAGUUGUUACAUCUGGUCCAGAAGCCUCAGCAAAGGUGGAAAUUGUUGUGGUUGAUGGAGAUUUUGGUGUCGAUGAAGGGGGAAGUUGGACUCUUGAAGAGUUCAACAGUAAAAUUGUCGGUGGAAGUGAAGGAAAAAAAUCACUGCUAGGUGGAAAACGAUAUCUGCAUUUGAAAGAUGGCAUCGGUUCAGUUCCUAAGAUUUACUUCCGACAUACUAACGUCUGGAGGAGAAGUGGUGAAUAUAGGCUAUGGGCAAGAGUCGUGGAUCAUUCUAAUGGAAGAAGAAUAAUUGCGGCAAAGACAGAACCCUUCACUGUUAAGGAUCGCCGUGGAAGUAACUAUUUUUCUAUUUUCUUGCUUGUGAUUGCCAAUAGCUGA